AUGUACGAAAAGAAAAUGUUCCCCGUCAUCCUUCGUGACCCCGUUGCUACCAAGAAGUUGCUCGAAGCAAUUCACGAUGCGCCAAAUGGCAGGCGCUCUCUGUCCCGACUGGCUCGGACGUGCCGGGCACUUUCUGAGCCCGCCUUAAAGAUAUUGUGGAGGGAGUUGGAUUCCAUUGUUCCGAUUCUUGGACUGUUUCCAGGCCACGUUCUCAAAAAGGCUCGCAGACCUGGUUUGGGUUUGGUCAAGACCCCCCAAGGCGACGAUUGGAAGAACGUUCUCAGAUACGGUGAACUCGUCCAGCGUCUUACAUAUGACGAAAACUCCAACGCCGUCGCUACCUCUGUUUUUCCUAUUCUCGACGAAUCUCGUCCUCGCACAUACAUACUUCCUUCCCUGCGAGAGUUGACGUGGAAAGCCGAGACAGCCGCGGGUUUAGAUCGCUGUGCUCUUUUUCUUAACCCAGAACUCCGAGUUGUUCACUUGGAGAUUGGAACCAAUCUGAAGCUCGCCCAGAUCGGUGCCUUUCUCGCUGACAUGUCGAGUCGAAGCAAAUUAUCAGGUUUCUCAUUCAUUUCCCCGACUAGCUUGCCAGAUGCCUUCACUGAGCUCCUUCUUCGCCAAGAUGCCCUGGAGAAGGUGCUCCUCGUCGCUCCCGGGGCUCUGUCCCCUGGCGUUGGUCGUUGGACUGCCGCAUUACCUCAGCUUAAACACUUGCAGUUAGACUUGACCGGUAGAUCGCCAAUAGCUGUGGAAGGGUUUUUCGACGAACUUCGUCCACGCUCCGGAGAUUCUACGCCAAGCUCCAUCGGUUCCACAGAUAGCGGUGUCUUCUCCGGUGAGGAACUUGAUUUCACCGAAAUUCGCAAGUCUGCAUUACGACUUACCGGGGAUUUAAUGUCGAAAGGUUCCUUUGCGCAGAUGAGAAAGCUGAAUUUGACAGGCGAAGUGGCUAAUAUCGCCGUUUUUUUGAGACACCUCGAUAGCCCUUUGACUCAGUUAGAUCUUGUCAUUGAAGACCCCCCUGACAAGGCUGAUUGGCAAGACCUGUGCGGGUUGCUGUGCGAUCGUUUUGGAGAUACCUUGCAGUCAUUGCGUAUAACCGCAACUGGAUCUUCGAAAUUCAUGGAUUUAGUUCGUUCGACUUCAAGGGCAGAUGCACCAUCUGGCCAUCUCUCACUGGAGUACCUCUCAGAGUUGCCGAAGCUCACGCGAUUCGACAUUGACCUCCCCGAAUCGGUCCUUUUCACCCCUUUUGACAUCGAAUGCCUGGCGCAUGCAUGCCCAAAUCUCGAAACGCUUCGCCUCUGCCCAUUAGCUCGUUUCCCGUCUUUGAACGGGCCCCCAACAUUGACGCUCGAGUCCUUCUCAUUCCUGACAAGCCAGUGCAGGCGAUUGCACACCCUUGGCGUUGUUAUCAACGCAACUCAUGGCAAUUCCGAACUACUUAGGACACAGGCCGCGUCAUCCCCAUCGCUCCUUCGGCUUCAUGUCGGCCAUUCCUGGAUCAGUGAUCCCCUGCAAGUCUCGAUUUUGCUUAGCCACCUCGCACCUCGCUUAGACUCAAUCAAAUGGUUUCAGGAAAAAAACCGUCCUGGCUUCGUCGAAGCCAAUGCGAAGAAUUGGCAGACGGUUUCUGACACACUUCCGCACCUUCAGCUGGUGCGUUUCACAGAGCGCUCGUUUUUGCGGGUCAUCGAGCCUGUGAGGCCUGUCAUGUUGGAAAAGGGGAUUGAUGCCACCGUGGAAACGAUGAGCCGUGGAAUUUCUGCUCAGGUGCGAACGGUAAAUGCUGCUAUCCAGUGGUCGCCUCGCGUUACGGACCAGGCCGUAGAGGCCAUCGCAAAGUCAUCUUCGGUUGCCAUCGACGCAACGCCAGCGAUCCAAGAAGCCAGUGUUGAUGCACGGCCAUUGACUGCCUCGGUGUAUGUCGACGCUACAACUUCGACCUCAUCAAAAGGCGUGGAUACCUUCGAGGUUAUAUCGCCCACAUAUGGAAGCCAAAAGUGGUUGAUGGGCCAAUUUUCCUCAGCCUUCUACGUCAUUCCUUCGAUAUUCAGCUUCCUUUCCUUUGUUUAUAGGCUUUUUAUCCGCAACCCUCUCUCGCUUUCAACUCGCAUUCUGCAUCUUGCGGCGGUUGAUCGUAUCUCGGCCUUGAGAGGACAAUCGACAACCGCUUCAUCCAAAAAAGUACCUGCAUCUGACACCACCUCUUCGCCCGUGAGCAGGGCACAGGACAUUCCUUUGAGCACGCUUCAAGUCCGUUAAUUAUCCUGCUACUUUACAACUCUCCAUACUUACGUAUAUCUACCCUGGCUGGACCAUCAUUAGGAAAACACAUAUGCCCAACUUUAUGACACGUAUGACUAUGCACAUGAAAUACAUGCGACGCCUUUUCCUCUCUCCC